UCAAAUGCAGAAAUGUGUUAUGUUUUUUUAUGUUUGAUUUGAUUAAACGAUUGCUUGAUCUGCGAAAAUUUUCCAGGUGGAGUUUUCAAUCUUAUAAGAUGUCAAAGGACAGAUUUUUCUCCAAUCCCUUUCCAGAUUUCACUCCAGAAAACGCCCAUGAAUUGGUCGAAAGUUUGAAGGUUCAGAAGAAUCAGAAAUUUUCGGCGAAGGUGUAUCAAAGAUGGGAAGCAGUGGAAGGUAAAUUUCCCUAUAUUGACAAACAUGAUUAUUCAGUCUACACAGGAACAUCUGGUUUGGCUCUUUUGAAGCUCAAGAAGGAUCCAAAUAAUCCUGAAAAUUUGAAGGAAAUACUUGAAUUAAUACCUCUUAAGAGGCUGAAAAAUAAGAGACAUACAUUCUUAUGUGGUGACGCUGGACCUCUAGCUAUUGCAGCAGUUGUCCAUUAUAAACUAGGCAACCAUGAUCAGACAAAACUAGUUGUUGAGAGAUUACUCUCAAUGAAGGAUGAUGUAUUCAACAUCAAUUCUGAUUUACCCAAUGAAUACUUAUAUGGUCGGGCAGGCUAUCUAUAUGCUGUUUUAUUUGUUAACAAAAAUGUACAUCCUCCGCCUUUCCCUGAUGAGUUUAUUAGAAAGAUUGUAGAAAUCAUUCUGAUUUGUGGUAAAAAUGAGGCAAAAGCAGGAAAAUUUAAAUGCCCAUUGAUGUACCAAUGGCAUGAUAGCUAUUACCUUGGCGCUGCUCAUGGUUUGUCUGGCAUUUUAUAUUUAUUGCUUCAAAUUAAGGAGAACUUGAUGGAAUCAGAGAUGAAUACUUUGAUAAAACCCACUAUUGACUACUUGAGUACAAUCAGAUUUCCUAGUGGAAAUUAUCCUUCGUCAAUGGGAAGAGAUGUUGAUAAAUAUGUUCAAUGGUGCCAUGGGGCUCCAGGCUUUGUUUAUUUAUUCAGUCAAGCCUAUAAAGUCUUUGGAGAUCCCAAAUACAUUCAGUUGGCUCUAGAUGCUGGUGAAAUUGUUUGGCAGAGAGGAUUGGUUAGGAAGGGCUAUAGCAUUUGCCAUGGAGUUUCAGGCAAUGCUUACUGCUUUUUGGAAUUGUACCAAACCACACAGGACGAGAAACAAUUAUACAGAGCGUUCAAAUUCGCGGAAUGGUGUCUUGAUUACAAGAAAAACCAUGAGGAAUAUCCACCUGACCGGCCAAUAUCUCUCUUUGAGGGUAUUGCAGGACCUAUGUACUUCUUAUUGGAUAUGCUCAAUCCGGUUGAAGCCAAAUUUCCUGGAUAUACAUUGUAGUAUGAUUUUUUUAAAGGAAUAGAACUGAUUAUUGAAUUUCCUUUAUGUAUGCUUUAUGAGUAUUAGCGUAAAUAAAUUUGAUGUGAUAAUUU